AUGGCCACAUUCGCAACCGCCUCAAGUCGGCUGGAGCCCUCUGGCCGCAGAACAUCCAGCAUUGCGGGAGGCCCCAUCAGAGUCCCAGGCCGCGUAGACGACUUUGCUUCUUUCAUGAUGCUCUUCCACGACAUUUUCCUCCUCGACGAGUUCUACACUGACUUUGGCAUGACGGAUGACGUGCAGACCAGCAACGUCAUCGGCUCCGGCGCCCAGUUCGACGUAAAGCUCCUCCAGCUUCGGGGCCAGAUGGCUCUGCGCACGUCUGGGGAGGCGUCGAGUCGCCUGACAGAGGGCAGGGUCGUGGUGCUGAAGCGGCCGCGCCGUCUGUUCCGCCAGGACGGGUCAUUCAUCAGCGACGGCCCUAUCCGUAACAUCGUCAACGAGUUCCGCGUCAUCUCGCACCCGCGGUUGCGCCAUCACCCGAAUAUCCUCGACGUGUACGGCUUCGCGUGGGAGCGUACCGAUAAUGUCCCGGGUGUGGCUGUCUGGCCCAUCAUCAUGGAAGAGUACGGCAGCUUCGGCACCCUCGACGAGUUCCUAUCCCAGGCGACGCCGCGGGAUCUAACAACGAAGCUGCAGCUGAUGGGAGAUAUUGCUGCGGGCAUUCAGGCACUGCACCGCUGCGGCAUCUCCCACUCCGAUCUGAAGCCGGAUAAUAUCUUGGUGUGUGAGACGGCUGAAGGACAUCCUGUGGCGAAGCUUGCCGACUUUGGCCUGUCCAUCAUCACGAGCGAGAGAGUGGCUGCGGAUGAGUGGGAUUCGGGAACUCCAAACUGGACAGUGCCGGAAUGGGGCCGCGUGUGCCCCAACGAGUCCAUCAUGAGCGCAGACGUUUACAGCUGUGGCCUGCUGCUAUGGACAGCUCUUCUCGACGGCCGACAACCUUGGGAGCUAGAUGUCUUUGGGUCAGAGAUUGUUUUCCAGCAAGCCAAGGCAGACGCAGAUGGUUUCCUCAAUAUUGCCCUCGACAGCGUUCGGGGGCUCGUCCCCGAGGAGAGAGCUACAGAAGUUAUGGACUUGAUUUCCUCCCUCCUCUGUUCCGAGGAGGAAAGGGAUCUAUCCGUUUUGCUACAUUACGCAAGCCAAAGCGGAGAUGGAUUUGAAGAAGAUCAGGGAACAUACUUGCAAGGUUAUGACCAGGAAGAUCGACCAGCGUUUACAUCGUUCGCUGAUCUCCAGACGCUCCCGUUGCCGGUGCAGACGCAGAUGAUGGAUUCUCUCAAGUCCAUCGCCACAAACCCAGGAGUGCUGGAUCGAGCUAGGAAGGCUGAUGCAUGCUACUCAGUCGCCAUGUUCCAUGUCUUGCGGAUUGGCACCGUUCGACCCGUAGAGCUGGAUUCAGACGAGUAUACCGGCUACGAGAUUGACUGGAAUAACGCCCUGAAGUGGCUGGAAAUGGCAUCCGAGGAGGGAUCUCCGUCCGCACAGGCUGCGUAUCACUCCUUUGCCCAGGCAGCCCAGCAUCACGUUCCGGCGGAACAUGUCGAUGGGGUUCCGAGCGUGCUUCCUUUGACGCCGAUGUCGUGGUUGGAAGAAGCCACACGUUUGGGAUCGCAUCUCGCUGCGGAACAUCUGCGGAAUCUUGACCAUUCCGCCUAUAUUCAGGCAAACUGGCAGUUUCGCACACAAUAUUGUGGCAUCGGUCGGAAGCUCUACGAGGACGUUUUGCAACUGCAUCCUGACCUCCUAACCUCAGCAGUCCUUGAUGCGGUGGUAUCCGGGCCACUCAACGAUGAGGGCGACACGGCGCUACACGUCGCAGCAACAAUGGGACAUCUUGAGACGAUCCGUCGGCUCUGUAGCGGCGUGGACCUGAACGUGGUGAAUUCUCGUGGAGAAACUGCGCUCCUCCAGGCGUGUCGGUCUGGCCAUGCAGAUAUCGCUCAGUACCUCCUCACACUCGGAGCAAACAGCGGCUUGGUGACAUCUAAUGGCGAGAACGUACUGCACUGGCUUGGUGCAUUCGAUAUGCCCGAAGAAGGUGGUCUCUUCAACCUGGCGCACAUGAUGGUCAUGAACGGCGCCAGCCUUGAACAGGAAUCCGACGAAAACGAGAUAUUCAACCAACAUUUCCGCAGCUCUGUAGGACCCGGGACGCCUCUCUGCCGAGCUGUUCAACGAAACGCACCAGCUGCAGCCGAGGUUCUCUUGACGCUUGGAGCGAACCCGUAUCUGCUAACCAGGAAGAAGACAUCGGCCAUGGCAUUCGCUUGUGCGGCGCAUCAAACCGCAUUCAUACGCAUGUUUCUCGAGGCGGAUUACACUCCGUAUGUGCCGAGCUGGAGAGAAGACCCGCUGCCCUUUGCGAACAACUUGGAGAGCGCCUUUGAAAUGCUGAAAGUGGCCAUCACAAAGCCACCAACGAUACAGUCGGCGGCACCACACUCGUGGAAGCUAUCGCAAGAGAAGUUAACCGAGGAGUCGUUCCUCGGGAAUGUGGUUGCGCCGCUUCCAUUGCACACGCGGAUCAACAUCCACGGCGCCGCAUACGUCUCGGCGAUGCAGGAGUCCAUCGAUAUUAUUGCGGGCCUCUACACUGAGAGCUUUGCUCGUGUCACAUAUGACCUCCACAGCGCCCUCUUCCACUCGAUUCUGAGCCGAGACUUGUCCAUAACUCAACAUCUUCUCUCGUCGUAUCCUGACGAGACGGUGCCGUGCCUGACGAAUCCCCUCCCUAAUGGCACCGCGAAUCAUCUCCCCGUCCAACUCGCUCUUGCGCUGGGGCAAAAGCCAGUCUUCUCUCUGCUUCUGGACCUCGCAGGGCCCAACGCCUCGGUCAGCAUCCCGACUAUCGAAGGCCUGAACGACUCCCCAGAAGCGCAGAGGGUCGGCAAAUGGUUCGGCAAAGAGAGCAUCCUCGCUAAGGCCAAGGUCUCGACGCAGUUCCGCAAUAUCAUCAGCCUUGCCGCAGCUGCACAUCCGGAUCCUUACUUUGUGAAGUCCAUCCUUGACCAGCUGCCCCCGGACACCGCAAAAGAGCUCGUCAACGCCCAUGGCGCCCACGACGACAUCCCGCUGUCCGCCGCCAUCAUGCGGCACUUCUACGCCGUGGCAGCUGUGCUUUUGCGUCAUGGAGCCGCUAUUGACGAACCCGCCCACGCCUCUGGCAUCAUCGGACGCGCAGGCAUCGCCGUUACAACGCUCGGCGGGCUCGUAGCCUCCAACAACUACAGCUCAAGCGCCGCCGCGCGCUGGCUGCUCGAUAACGCACCCACUGCACCAUCACCCGUCGUCAGCACGGCUGGCAAUUCCAUCUUCGACCUCGCCGUGGCCGUCGGGUCGGUCUAUGAAGUCGAGCCCGGGUCACCGUUUCCCGUGCGGCUGUAUGAGUUUGACAGCGGCGUCCUGCGUAUGCUGCUGACGCACUACGGGGAGGAUGGGACGGCGAAGACGCUGCUUAACCCAAGUGAGAGCAGGCUGACGGCGCUGCACGUCGCCGUCAUGAAGCUACGAGUCGAAGCGAUAGACGCGCUCCUCACGGCCGGGGCGGAUCCUGAUAUACCCAUAGGAUCGGUGCGCCGGUCGGUAGUGCGGAGGGUACGGGAGUAUCUACAGCGCAAGUUGUUGUCGGCUUGGCUUGGAGUACCGCUGGAGUUGUAUGCGAAGCUGAUGAAUGGAGGCAUGACGGCGAGGCAGCUGGCGCUGUCGUUGGACCAGAGCAUUAUCCCUGACCAAGUACGACAACGGGGAACCUCCGAGGUUGCGAGAUACAUGCGACGUAUCGAGGCUGUGAGGAGCAAAUUUCUGGCGCUUCCAGAAAAAGAAUAA